AUGAUUGAAGUGGACAACCUGGACCCGAAUUUCCAGAGUGACGCUCAGAGCAAGGGCUCGGCUCUGCACGCGGCGGCGCAGAAGGGACACCUGGAGAUCUGUCACCUGCUGCUGCAGGCCGGCGCCAACAUCAACGCUGUGGACAAGCAGCGCUGCACGCUGCUGAUGGAGGCCGUGGCGCACGACCAGCUGGAGGCGGCGCGGCGGCUGCGUCUACAGCAGAGAGGAGGACUGCUCCACCUGCCUGCACCACGCGGCCAAAAACGGGAACCUGGAGAUGGUGGAGCUGCUGCUGAGCACGGGGCAGGUGGAUGUCAAUGCACAGGACAACGGGGGCUGGACCCCGAUCAUCUGGGCGGCCGAGCACAAACACAUCGAGGUCAUUCGGCGGCUGCUGACGCGCGGGGCCGACGUCACCCUGACAGACAAC